UUUGACAGAGGAGCGAGCAAAUGAAAUAUAUAUUUUUUUGAGGACGAUAAGCGACGUCACGGCGCGUUCGACUCCUCAAAUUCUGCGUUUAAUUCCUAUUGAGAAGAUUCAUCUUCAAGAACGUUAGUCGGUGCCAUAUCUUCCUGCUUGUGACGCACCCGCCAGCAAGCCUCACGAUGCUGCGAGAGAGCUCCAAGGCGUGGAGCAAUGGCUCUGAGGCCUACAGCAGUGACCCGGAGGAGGAUGAGGAGGAGGAGGAGGAGGAAGAGGACAUGGUAUUCGGGGAGAACGACCAGGACGGCAUCGCCGAGGAGAUGAUGGACCUCAGCGACCUGCCCGCCGCGCUCUUCGCGUGUGGCGUCCAUGAGGCGGUGUUCGAAGAUGACGCGGACAGGGAGAGAUUUGAGGCGGCCUUUCGGAUCUACGACGAGCAGGCGACCUUCCAGUUGUUCAAAAGCUUCCGGAGAGUCCGAAUCAACUUCAGCACCCCUGAGGCAGCCGCCCGUGCUCGCAUCGAGCUGCACGAGUCUGAGUUCAACGGCCGCAAGCUCAAACUCUACUUUGCCCAGGUCCAAAAUGGCGACGAGGACAUCGACAAGUCCUACCUGGCGCCCCCGCAGCCUGUCAAACAGUUCCUGAUCUCGCCGCCCGCCUCGCCGCCCGUAGGAUGGAGUCAGAGCGAGGACGCCACGCCGGUCAUCAACUACGACCUGCUGUGCGCGGUCGCCAAGCUGGGACCCGGCGAGAAGUACGAGCUGCACGCUGGCACGGAGUCCACCCCGAGCGUGGUGGUGCACGUGUGCGAGAGCGAGACGGAGGACGACGAGGCGGCGCGGCCCAAGCAGGAAAUCGUGCAGACCAGACGUCCCGAUGGACCCCCGAAGGUUUUCAACUAGACCCCGCCACAGCCUCUACAGGCCGCUUGUUGACCUGCAACACAACCCGCCCUCUCUCUCUCUCUCUCCGUCUCUCUCUUCAUCUCUCUCUCUCUCUCUCUCUCCCUCCCUCUCUCUCUCUCUCUCUCUCUCUGCACUCAUGGAGAGCGCUGCCGCUGUCAUUCCAGCUCAAAAACAGACAAACAUUGCUCCAGUUUUUGUGGGUCAGCGGAUGAGGCGGCUCAGAAGAAAUGCAUGAGGACACACACACACACACACACACACACGUUCAGCACAUUCUUGCAGCGGGGCACUCUUGAGGCCACCACGGCCUGUCGAAGCUCAGCAGCCGAGGACACACACUCACACACCCGUCACACACAUCGCUAGUCCAGUUAGCGCGUUACCUCCCCCGCACACCUCAUUGUUUCAUUUAGCAAUGACUGGUGUUCUUAGGGGUGAUUUGCACAUUUUUUUCGGUCCCUUUUUUCAAUCAUGUUCAUAUCAGCUUGCAUCGGGAUGCAUGUAUAUACUCUACGACGUGAAACAAUACUAAUAAAAUGAAUAUGUAACGUCACACACACUGCACGUAACGCCAUAUGUGACUAACAAAAGAAGUUGUGGUGGCUGAAUAUUUUUCCCUUUUUUUUUAAAAUUUAUUUAACCACUAGAUGUGUGUUCUUAUUGUGUACUUGAUACAUUUUUUGCAUGCUUAAGAUGCAGGAGUUUUGUUUUUUGUUUGCAUGCUGCGUCUUUGUUCAUUUUCCUCUCCUUCAUUUGAAAUGUUCGUACUCCUUCCGUGUUGUUGUCAUUUUCUAGCGUUCUUUCGGACCGCAGCUCCUUUUUGCAACGGGGGAGCGUCCGCCCGCUUUUUCCGGCUUGUACAUAGCGCUUCGUCUUUGUAGAUGUUUUUUUCUAGUCCAAGAGGGAAAGAUGCCUGAUGAGAUGUCAACCAAAGCAUUCUCACGUAUUUCCUUCAGUGAGAGCGAAUGACAGCAAAUUUGCGCUGUUAUUGAAUGCAUUUUCACUCACACAACUUUAGCAUUAGCUUUAGCAUCCAUCUUUGCCCGUUUUGUUUCAAGGAAUACCUUCCUGCUUUGUCUCCUUAUGUCCACUACAGUAUGCGUGUUGGCCAAUUCUAAUAAGAUGUAAAGAAAUGAAUAACCGGUGAGAUUAAUCAUUUCAGUAGACGGACUCAAGAAAGCAGGAGCAUGCAGGAAAGCACACCGGCUGAGACGAUGAAGCGGGGUAACACACAGAGAUAAUCAGGCCAAUUAUGGUCAGCAAAGGCUUAAAACUGAAAGUCUGCAGUUAAAGCACAUCGUGAUCGUUUCAUUUAAAAUUCGAUGAGAAUUGUGUCCAUGUCCUAUUAUUUAUCGUCCUGUCCGUACGUGUGAAUGUGAUCUGGAAUGGGCGCCAACCUGUAUGUACCCUGCGAUUGGCUGGCAACCAAACCACUUCUCUCGCCCAAAGUCAGCUGGGAUAGGCGCCAGCUCACACACAUGACCCUAAUGAACACAAGAAAUAUAAAAAAGAGAAGGAUGGAUUAUUAAUCUCACUUUACCAUUCUUUAUUCAUUUGUUUACGUCUUAUCACAUUAGCAUAAGUGUGUGUGUGUGGGGGAGGGGGGGGGGCGACAAUGUAAACAUGUGUACAUCAGUCCCAAAAAGUUAAGGAUAUUGGGCUUUCGCAUGGAAUUUCAGACCAUGAAAGACACUGUAACCUUUACAGGUGAACUUAUUUUGACCUAUUAACUAUCGGAUGCACAUGUCCAACUGUUCAAUGUUUCAGUACGUUUUGCACAACUUCCUGUUAUCUCACAAGGUGCUGAACGGCAAAAUGAACAACAGGUGUUUGAACUAUGACUCCAGUAAUACAUUUCCAGUGACGUCCACGUCUAUGCCUCUCUGUGACUCCUCCAGUCUGUCUUUGUGGCAAAACAGGUGUUGAAAUACAAUUGUGCCUUGAGAAAACACGUGACCUGACUUGAUCUUUUUCCAUUAACUUUGACGAGCGCUGUAUUGUGGCAGUGAACUCGUCCAAACUCAGCAGUUUGACAAAUAUUGAACAAUUCAUCAAAAAGAGGCUUCAGUCUGCUUAAAGUCACGCCCGGGAAGUUUGGCUUUGCCUUACGAUAAAGUCUGCUUAGCUUAAUGCGAACAAACAAUGCAAAACACCAUUGUCAUGAUUUUAAAAGGAACAAAUAUUUGAAUACAAACGGUGGAGCAACACAUAUUAAAACAAUACUCACAGGCAUAUAUUCUUUAUCCUCACAGAACUAGACUAAUAUUAAAGCAUCUUACUGAGUCACUUAGAGUAGUAGUAGUAGGAGUCUUCAUUUGAGUGUGCAUGACUGUACAGUAUUAUACUGCCUCCCGGGGGCCAAAGCAGGCACAGAAGGAGCAGCACAACGAAUUGGAUUGCAGCAUUAAAUCAUGAUUCAUAAAUUAUUCAUUUCUUUACAUUAUUUUUAUGUUAUUACUGUGUUUUUAAUAAAGUACACUGUUAUAGAGUGCUAUUCUUCCAUAUUAAAAAAUAAAAAUAAAUGUUUUCAUUCUGAAAUUUCACCUGAAAGCCCAAUAUUCCUGAAUUUAUGCAAGUAGUGUACAAUGGAACAAACGUUUAUUGUUCUGCAUUAUGAGCAUUUAUGGGUUCAGUGUUUUAAUAGGAGUUGCUCUGAGGGUUUGAUUUGUUUUUAGAUUUGGAUGCCGGGUACGCUGGCGUGGCCGUUUUUGGUCCACGGGCUGCAGGUUGCCCACCCCUGUGAGAAAUUGGCCCAUUAUCACAUUUUUAGAUGUUAAGAUUGCGAUUUUCAGUUAAGAAAAAGAUGCAUGUGAGCACUUUAACUCUGUGUUUGCGAUUGUCUCCUUUGCACCAGUUAGGAAGCACAUUUGUUUGUCUUUGUUCGUCCAACACCUUAACUGGCCUUCACGAGCGUGUGACACUCGUUUUUGUUUUGUUUUCUCUGUGUCACAACAUCACCGCUGUCGCUUUUUUGUGUUGGCCCUCAGCAAAACAAAACCAUCUCCUAAACCUUCUUAUUCAAGAUGUCAUUGUGUGACGUACAAACAGGAAGCAGCUUGGAGGGACCCUACUUAAAGGGCCAGCAACGUGAUGACUUUUUUUGUACUAUCUGUGCUCACAGACGUGCGUGUACGUGUAUAUUUUUGUACAUAUGCCAAAUGUUUAUGUUGCUGAGGCGUCGUCCUAGGAGUUUGUGUGUGUGCGUGCGUGGGUGCGCGCUUUGUCACGUCUUCUCUCGGGCGAUGUUGAUGAUGGAAAAAGUACAACGAUCAUUUAAAAAAACAAAAAAAGGUCAAUGAUGUUUGUCACUAUUGUUUGUUUGUUUGUUCAUUAUUUUAUUUUUUGUUGAAUAUUUCAGUUGAAAUGUGACUAAUGUGUCUUCUAUGGUAGGAAAAUCCAGAAAACAAAGUAGCAAAAUGAGCAAUAAUUUACAGAUGUAAUAAAACCGGUAUGUGUA